UUUCAGAUGUACAGUUCUAUAAUAUAUCAUUUGUAUAUUGUACUGUGUGUUCAUCACUCAAAGUCAAGUCUUCUUCCUUCACCGUUUAUUCUCCACUUACCCUCUCUUACCUCCUCCCACCCCGCUUUCCCUCUGGUUGUCUAUGAGGGUUUAUUAUUAUUUUGCUUAAUUCUUUCACCUUCAUACCAUUUUAAUACCUUAAUUUUCAUCUAAAGUAAGCUGUAGACGGUGAAAGUAUAUUACUUGUUCCUGAACCCUCUUUAGUUUGACAUUUUUCUUCUCUUAUCUUUGCUAUUCUAGGAAUUGUAUUUGGAUUAAGAAUGGGUAAAGCGACAUAAUGUUCUUUAGGUGACUUUUAAUGCCUUAUAAAUUCCUGUUACAGAUAGCUAAGAACAAGCAGUAUGAUAUGCAUACAGAAAUCACGACAUUAAAACAAGAAAAGAACCCCGUUUCCAGUGCUGAAGAAUGGAUGCUUGGACUCAAGAGAGGAGAUUUUCUUAAGAGAGGCGUAGAACCAGAGACCUUCCAGAACGUUGAUGGCGAUCAUUCGUCUCUGGUUAGGGACGAUGAAUUUACAUUCCAAGGGCUCCGGCAUACUGUGACUGCCAGGCAUUUGGUUGAGGCUAAGCUUCUGGACAUGAAAACAAUUGAGCAGCUGCGACUUGGUCUUAAGACUGUUGAAGAAGUUCAGAAAACUCUUAGCAAGUUUUUGACAAAAGCCACCUCAAUUGCAGGGCUUUAUCUAGAAUCUACAAAAGAGAAGAUUUCAUUUGCCUCAGCAGCCAAGAAAAUCAUAAUAGACAAAAUGAUCGCUUUAGCAUUUUUAGAAGCUCAGGCUGCAACAGGUUUUAUAAUCGAUCCCAUUUCAGGUCAGACGUAUUCUGUUGAAGAUGCAAUCCUUAAAGAAGUUAUUGACCCCGAGUUCAGAAUUAGGCUCCUUGAGGCAGAGAAGGCAGCCUUGGGAUAUUCAUAUAAUUCUCAGACUUUGUCAGUGUUUCAAGCUAUGGAAAAUAGAGUGCUUGACAGACAAAAAGGUAAACAUAUCUUAGAGGCCCAGAUUGCCAGUGGGGGCAUCAUUGACCCUGUGAGAGGCAUCCGUGUUCCACCAGAAAUUGCUCUGCAGCAAGGUUUGUUAAAUAAUGCCAUCCUCCAGUUUUUACAUGAACCAUCAAGCAACACAAGAGUUUUUCCUAACCCCAAUAACAAGCAAGCUCUGUAUUACUCAGAAUUACUGCGAAUGUGUGUAUUCGAUGUAGAUUGCCAGUGCUUCCUGUUUCCAUUCGGGGAGAGGAACAUUUCCAAUCUCAAUGUAGCAAAAACUCAUAGGAUUUCUGUAGUAGAUACUAAGACAGGAGCAGAACUGACUGCAUAUGAGGCUUUCCAGAGAAACAUAAUUGAAAAAAGUACUUAUCUUGAGCUCUCAGGGCAGCAAUACCAAUGGAGGGAAGCCACGUUUUUUGAAUCCUAUGGCCAUCCUUCUCAUAUGCUGGCUGAUGCUAAAACAGGACUGCAGUUCAAUAUUAAUGAGGCUGUAGAGCAGGGAACACUUGACAAAGCCUUCGUCAAAAAGUAUCAGGAAGGCCUCAUCACACUUACAGAACUUGCCGAUUCUUUGCUGAGCCGGUUGGUUCCCAAGAAGGAUUUGCAUAGUCCUAUUGCAGGGUAUUGGCUGACUUCUAGUGGAGAAAGGAUCUCUGUCCUAAAGGCCUCCCGUAGAAAUCUGAUUGAUCGGAUUACUGCCCUCAGAUGCCUUGAAGCCCAAGUCAGUACAGGGGGGAUAAUUGAUCCCCUUACUGGCAAAAGGUACCGGGUGGCCGAAGCUUUGCAUAGAGGCCUAGUUGACGAGGGGUUUGCCCAGCAGCUGCGACAGUGCGAAUUAGUCAUCACAGGGAUUGGCCAUCCAGUCACGAACAAAUCGAUGUCAGUGAUGGGAGCUGUUAAAGCAAAUAUCAUCAGUAAGGAAAUGGGAAUCAGAUGUUUGGAGUUUCAGUACUUGACUGGGGGGCUGAUAGAGCCACAGGGUCACUCCCGCUUGUCAAUAGAAGAGGCUCUCCAAGUAGGUAUUAUAGAUGUCUUCCUUGCAACAAACCUCAAAGAUCAAAAGUCUUAUGUCAGAAGUAUAAUAUGUCCCCAAACAAAAAGAAAGUUGACCUAUAAAGAAGCCUUAGAAAAAGCUGAUUUUGAUUUCCACACAGGACUUAAACUCUUAGAAGUAUCCGAACCCUUGAUGACAGGGAUUUCUAGCCUGUAUUAUUCUUCACAGUAGGACAUGUCGAAGUAACUGCGCACAGGAGUGAUGCUGUCUGGCUCAUGGAUCUGAAGGGCACAAUGAUACAAGUUAAAUAUACACUCUAGUAAUCGUGUCGCAUACUCAAAGCAGUAUUUAUUUCUGGAGGGCUGGAAAUAAUAGCUGACUGUUCAGAAAGGAGGAUAAUUUUUAAAUUGAAAAUAACAAAAGAUUUACUGGCUUCAUUUGGCUUUAAGAUUAAUUUUUUUCAAUCUUGCCCACACUAAAAAUAAGAGUAUUUUACUUAGAGUGCAAUAUCAGCUUGAUGAACAACAGGUUCAGAGGAUCCUUUCUUUAGAACGCUCCAUCACUGAAGAGAUCCAGCCUGAUGUUAGGGUUCCUCUUUAUUAAAUGAUCCCAUACACUCACUGAAAGAGCACUCCAAAAAAGCACUAUGGAAUCAAAGAGAGAGAUGUACAGUUCUUUCCCAGCAUCCCUGAGGCUACAGUGUUUCAGAUUGCCUUGAAAAAUGAAAAAGUGUUUAGUUUUUCUGUUGUAGUAACCUUCUUUACAUAUUAAAUGUUUACCACAAUGUCCUGUUUCUAGUUUUAUGAUGAAUGGGUUGUGUGUUGGAAGAGGGGGAAAGAUUUUUCUUCAUUCUGUGUAUUUUUCAAAUAUGUGUACACAUUCUCUGUUCUUUCGGCUUUCCAUUGUCUUCUCAUACUUUUCUGCCAAGACAGUUGUGUUUGUAAUGCUAAUGCAAAGGCAGCAAUUCAGAGAUCUUCUAGUGCUUCAUGAAUAAAAUUGAGUUUUUUUUAUUUGCCAUAUUGAUAGCCAGCUGGGAGAUUAGGCUGAUCAUUAAAGAAUGUUUGUGACAGCUUCCUUUG